UUUACACCCCGAGCGGGUGGGACCGGCGGCAGCAGCAACAUUUUCUGGCCCGCCAUGGUUCCUGGAAACCCUCUGGCUUUCAUUUUCGUGGCUGAGCAGCCACCGCUGCCGUGCCACAGGAAGGCGGAAGCCACGCGGCCCCACGCUGGGGCCCUAUGGCAGAGCCUGCGACCCUCCCCAAAAGUAGCUCUUUCCAGAGGCUGGGAGCCACGAUGCCCAGCGGAUCGGGAUGAGGCGCUGCUUUCGCAUCCGGGGGGGGCCCUCGCUGCCUGCGGCAGGUUUUUGGCCAGCGGGGAGCAAGCAGCUGUCGGGGCGGCGGGGAUUGGGUUUCAGGGCUGGCAGGGGCAGCCAGCAGAGGCACGGGAAGGGGUCCUGUCGGGGAGAUGUAUUUCGGGAAGGAGGAGGAGCAGCCGAUGGGGGCUUUGGGCAGCUGCUCCUCGCGGGUGGGAUGGGAGCGGUAGGAAGGAGCUCCCCCCCUUUUUACUGCUUUUGUCGAGACCUCGUUGGUCAUCCCUUGUGGGAAGGGUCAGCCUCUGACCUCUGCCCGCUCCCCCCUGCCCGCAGAGAGCCACCACCGCGCUGACCCUCCUUCUCCCCACAGGCAGGGCCACCCUGGCUAGGGCCAGCAGAGCAGACGAUGCCGGGCGGCUAGUCCAGGACACCUCCCCGGCCGGUGGGAGGGACGCGUGUGUGUCCCCCCCAUGGAGAUCCGACGCGCUUUGCCCCAGGAUUUCCGGGAGCUGCUGCACUGCCUGAAGAUGAGGAGCAAGUAUGCCAUCCUGCUGGUCUUCGUCGUCGGCCUCGUCAUCAUCGAGAAGGAGAACAACUUCAUCUCCAGGGUGUCGGACAAGCUGAAGCAGUCCCCGCAGGCGCUGGCGGAGGCCAACGGCACGGAAGCCAGCCCGGUGCUGGCCGAGAACGGCUCGCUGGCCUCGCUGCAAGAGCUGGAUGCCGCCUUCUCCCAGCUGAGGUCCCACCUGCGCAACGUCACCCUGCAGCUGGUGGGCGACGGGGACCCCAGGCCGCGGCGGCACGUCUUGCUGAUGGCCACCACCCGCACCGGCUCCUCCUUCGUGGGAGAGUUCUUCAACCAGCAAGGCAGCAUCUUCUACCUCUUUGAGCCCCUCUGGCACAUCGAGAGGACGGUGACCUUCGAGCCAGGGGGAGCUAACGCGGUGGGCUCGGCCCUGGUCUACCGGGACGUCCUCAAGCAGCUCCUCCUCUGCGACCUCUACAUCUUGGAGAGCUUCAUCUUGCCGGCACCUGAGGACCACCUGACGCCCUUCAUGUUUAGGAGGGGCUCGAGCCGCUCGCUCUGCGAGGAGCCUGUCUGCACGCCCAACGCCAAGAAGGUCUUCGAGAAGUACCACUGCAAGAACCGCCGCUGCGGCCCCCUCAACAUCACCCUGGCCGCCGAGGCGUGCCAGCGCAAGCAGCACGUGGCCCUGAAGACGGUGCGCAUCCGGCAGCUGGAGUUCCUGCAGCCGCUGGUGGAGGACCCUCGCCUGGACGUGCGCAUCAUCCAGCUGGUGCGGGAUCCCCGGGCCGUCCUGGCCUCCCGCAUGGUGGCCUUCUCCGGCAAGUACGAGACCUGGAAGAAGUGGGCAUCCGAAGGGGAGGCUCCCCUCCGCGAGGAGGAGGUGCAGCGGCUGCGGGGCAACUGCGAGAGCAUCCGUCUGUCAGCCGAGCUGGGGCUGCGGCGGCCAGGCUGGCUGCGGGGUCGUUACAUGCUGGUCCGCUACGAGGACGUGGCGCAGGCGCCCUUACAGAAGGCAGAGGAGAUGUACAACUUCGCCGGGCUCCCCCUCACCCCCCAGGUGAAGGAAUGGAUUGGCAAAAACACGCAGGCGCCCCGCGACGGCAGCGGCGUCUACUCCACCCGCAAAAACUCCUCUGAGCAGUUUGAGAAGUGGCGGUUCAGCAUCCCCUUCAAGCUGGCGCAGGUGGUGCAGGAUGCCUGCGCCCCAGCCAUGCGCCUUUUUGGCUACAAGCUGGCCAGCAGUCCUGCCGCGCUGGCUAACCGCUCCUUCAGCCUGCUGGAGGAGGCACAGCCCUCCUGGGUCACGUAACGGCGGAGGGAGGGGGGAACGGACGGCGGUGGGGGGGAAUGAGGGGCUGCGGCCGUGCUCCCGGCCGGCCCAGAGGAGACCCGGGGGUCCCUGCUCCCGGAGAUGCUCCUUGCCGCUGCCGGGUGGAAAUCGGCAGCCUCGGGAGCUGGAGCAUCCUUGCCAGAGCUGACCCCGGGGUCCCGCAGAGCCUGAAUUACACAAUUUCCUCCGGGAAUGGGGAAAUCGCAAGGUUGAGGGGCAGCGGGGAAAAGCAGGGGGGUUCGGCACCAGGGCCACCUCCCCAGCUUGGGGGCUGUGCCAAGGAAGAGGAGGGUGAGGGCGAGCAGAGGGCGACAGGACCGAGCACCUCUGUGUUGCCACCCCCCCCCCAGCUAGGAUGAGGCAAGGACAAGACCUCCGUGGUGCCAGCAAGGACCCGGACCCCAGUGGCCUUACUGGUUUAGUGCCUUCAUACACCAGCACAGACUGGGAACUGCCCCAGAGGCAUGCUGGGGCAGGAGUCACCCGUGGAGCCCUUGGAGCACUUGGGCUGCAAUGAAAUGACAUGACUUUGUAGUUUGGUCCUCUUCAAAGUUGGUUUGGGGUUUGGUUUUUUUCCUUUUUUCCUGGGUAUUUGCAUACCAGGGUCACCAGGCAAAUUUAUUUAUUUAUUACGUGAAAAAGAGGGGGAGGCAGGUCAAGGGGCUAAGCCCAAAAAUCAGAGCAACACAACGUACCGCAAAGAAAGAGAGAGACACCCAGAGCCGAGGUGGCGGAGGUCAGAUUUUGGCCGGAGACCACCACGUGCCCUACCACACAAUCCCAGGAGAGCCCCCGGGGACCGACAGGCUAUAACCCCCCCCAGACCCCCAGCAGAGUGCGGCCGGUGCCAGGAUUGCACCCACCUCAGGCGGGAGCAACUACGAAACGCGGAGCCUGCUGGAAGAUGGUCGGACUUAUUUAAUUAAAAACAAAAAUGCAACAGCACGGAGUCCAAAGCAUCUCCUGUCUCCUUGGUAUUGGUGUGCACCCCCUACCCGGGGGGGAACCCCAGAAAUACUUGCCAGCAGCACCAGUGGGUGACCGAUACCUGGUAGAGGCACGGGGAGUUUUGGGGUGUUUGCCACAUGCAGAUGUUCACCCAGCAAUAGCCUGGCGCUGAGCUGCCCCCUCCAAUUCACAUUUAAUGAAUUAAACCACCUAUUUUUAGCCCGCUUUGCAGCACAUCCUUUUACUCCCCGUGUAUUUUGAGUUACGGCAGCCACCCAAGGGAGAAGCCAGGCGUUUCAGUGGAGGGUAGGGGUUGUCCCUGCCUAAGACUUGCUGGGGAGCUGAGGGACCCCCGAGGGGUCCCCGCUACCCCCCAGGUGCGGCCAGCAGCCCCACGUCACCUCUCCCCAGCCAGAGCUGUCGGCCAAAAGCAAAAAUAAAUAAGUAAAAUCAGGCGGCUGCUGGCCGCAGCUGGGCUCCCUUUCUGCCGGCGGAGGGCGGCUGGGAGGAACGCGCCUGGGCCCCGGCGACGAGCCGCGGCUGGGGCGAGCUCACAAAAGCCGUGUUUUUGACCCAAGAGGGAGAACAGAGGCGGCAUUGAGGAGCACGGGGCCGGCCGGCGGGGAGCAGCCACGCCAGAGCCCUGGGCGGCCGCCUUCUCCUGCUGGCUAGGGAGGUUUUCCGAGCGUGGCCGCCUUGCUCGCUGGGGAGCAUCUGGCCUCAAGGUGUGAAUUCAGGGUGCUCGACGCCGGCCGGCUGGGGAGAGGGUGCAAAAGUGGGGUUUUCUUUGCAUUGAGCAGCAUGGGUGAUACGCUCAUCGCUUGCAGGCGAUGGAGAGCCGUCAACCCCCUCCCUGUCUCGCACGCAGCUCUUGGCGUCACUGGAUUUGCCGAGUGAAUUGGGUUUUGUUUGGAGGCUUCCCGCCGGGGAAAGCGGCGGGGUCGCCAAGGUCGGCUGGAUACCCCGCGGCUGCGUGCUGGGAAAAGCCCACGGAGCUCGGCCAGCACGAGAGGGAACGCAGCUGGACCCAGGGCAACGGUUACAGGCAAACGCCUCUCCUGUGCUUCUGCAAAAGUACCCAUUAGUUUGGCUUUUGCAAAGCAAACAAAGUUUAAAUUAAUUUUUGCUUUGCAAAGCAGCACGAGGGGUAAAUAGCUGGUCAACUGCCAGAGCCGGGAAUGGGACGUCGGAAGGGUGGCCCAGCAUUCCCCUCCCAUCCCACCGUGCACGGAGGAGCCUCGGGGCUUGGGCAAAGCAAGGUUUAGGGUGCAAGGACAGACAAAUAAAGGAAAAUACAAAGCAAGCGGUGAGGGAAGGGGGAACUGG